AUGACAGGACCAAACCUCGAAUUUGACGGGCUGCCCAUCCCUUGGGUGCCCACCAUCCGCCCCGAAGAUGAGACAAACAUGUACCCCUACAAAAAGCAGACGAGGGGCACCAGAACUCUUCCAGUGGGCUGGAAGUUCAACGAAGGGAGGCGCCCGCUGCACCAGGAGCUCAUCUUUGACGAACACGUCGCAGUACCGCUUAGGGACGGAGUCAAGAUCUACUGCGAUAUAUUCAGGCCUGUCACGGAUACAAAGCUUCCGGCGAUAUUGGCCAUAAGUCCCUAUGGGAAGAACGGGCAUGGCUUCCGUAUUUUUGACAAUAUCCCCUUCAGACUCGGCCUGCCAGAGAGCGCUACUUCAGGGUUGGAGAAGUUUGAAGGACCUGACCCUGCCGAAUGGUGCCCACGUGGGUACGUGGUUGUCAAUGUGGACAUUCGAGGCACCUGGGACAGCGAGGGCAAUCUCUAUAUUGAAGGAAGCCAGAUGGGCAUUGACGGCUUCGACACGGUCGAGUUCAUCGCCGGGCAGCCAUGGUGCAACGGUGCCGUGAGUAUGUGCGGCAAUUCAUGGCUGGCGACCGAGCAGUGGGUAACUGCGAUUCAAAAACCCCCUUCGCUCAAGUGCAUUGCGCCCUGGGAAGCCUUCACGGACAAGUACCGUGACUUGAUUUGUCGCGGUGGCGUGCCUAAGACGAACUUUGCUUCCUUUAUCUUCAACAAGACUAUCCGCGGACGAACCCAGCGCGAGGACAUUGCAGGAGCACUUGGCAAAUGGCCUCUGUUUAAUGCAUACUGGGCGGACAAGGUAUACGACACGAGCGGGAUUACAAUCCCCAUCUACGCGCUGGCGAGCUACUCCUCUGGAAAUCAUGGAGCUGGAACUGUCAGAGGUUGGAAGAAUGCAGCCUCCAAGGCGAAAUGGAUUCGCUUCCACCCAACCCAGGAGUGGUUCGAUCUCUACACCCCCAAAUAUAUCGAUGACCUGCAACGCUUUUUCGACCGGUACCUCAAGGGGAUCGAGAAUGGGUGGGAAGAGACUCCACGAGCAAGAAUCUCCAUCCUCACGUACGGAAGUCGGUUCGAGCCGGGCCCCAAAUUGGACGUCCCAUUUUCGGACUACCCGAUUCCUUCCACCGAGUACCAGUCACUUUACCUGAACGAGGCUGGCAGACUGGCACCAUCGCCGCAAGUCAGCGAGGGCACUGUUGCGCACAAGGCAGAUAGCUACCACGCGAAGCCGUCCGAGUUUGUCUUGAAAUUCGACAAAGCAACCACCCUCGUUGGCCACUCAAAGGCGGAGCUUUGGAUGUCCUGCAAGGAGAAGGAUGACAUGGACGUCUAUGUGUCCAUCCGGAAGCUGAGCAAGAGCGGCGAAGUCCUGGAGCACGUCAACGUUCCCUGGGAGGCCCUGCCGGAAGGAGUCAAUACCCAGCACGACGUACCAAUGGCCCAAACCGUAAAGUACACUGGCCCAACCGGCAUUCUCCGCGCGUCUCAUCGGGCACAGGAUCCGAAACGGAGCACCAAACUGAUCCCGUUCCACCCGCACGACAAAGAGGAAAAGGUGCCUGCUGGGGAGAUUGUCAAGCUCGAAAUCUCGCUCUGGCCCAUGGGCAUUCACUUCGAGGCUGGCGAGAGCCUUCUCUUCCGGGUCCAAGGUUUCAUCGAUACCAGCUCGGACUUCCCCAGCCAUAUCGAGCAGAAGCUGGACAACCUGAACGAGGGCCAGCACAUCAUUCAUUUUGGUGGCAAGUAUGACUCGAGGAUUAUUGUUCCUGUUGUGGCUCUACCGGAGCAGUCGGGCAAAUCUAGGGCUGCGACAGGAAGUUCGAGACCUUAA